UCCCGACGAUUUCUAACUAUGAGCAUGGAAAUAUUCAACCCAAACCCAACGGUCUUUGCAACCGCAAAGGCUCCUCGGGCAGCGCAAUUCGCCAAGCCACACUCGCUUUGGCUCGAAGACGAUACCACCGACAGUGAGCGCGAGCAGGAAGACGAGUCAAACGAGGUAGAGGCAAUAGACCAGGACGAAAUAUUUGACCUCAUCAGGUCAAUAUCCGACCCCGAGCACAGGAGCAUGUCUCUAGAGCAGUUGGCUGUCGUAUCUGCACCACAGAUCAUUUUUGACCCGAAAUUUUCUGACCGAGUCACCGUUGAGUUCACACCGACUGUGCCUCACUGUGGUAUGAGCACGUUCAUUGGUCUCUCCAUUCGUGUACGGCUUUUGCGGAGUCUCCCCGAGCGGUACAAGAUUGAUAUCAGAGUGAAGCCAGGGUCACAUCAAAGCGAACAUGCUUUGAACAAGCAGCUUAACGACAAAGAGCGCGUUGCCGCAGCCCUCGAGAAUCCCGCGCUGGUCGAAGUCCUUGAGCAAUGUCUCUCAACCGCUACACGGAGCACAUAGAACAAGGACAAGUGUAAAAAUACGGAAUAGAAACCUCAUGGCAUUUCUCUGUGAGCGUUACCGUUGUUGUACUUUCACCAAUGUAUCUCUUUGGAGUAUAAUCUGAGUAUACAACAUUCCGUGC